CCCUCCAGGCUUUGGCCCUGGCAUUUGCCACAGAAGUUUUAAGUUAGUUGGUAAGUGUUAAGUGCUUUGAAAGGUGCUUGCACAGAGGAAGAGGUCUGUGUUUGCUAGGAGUCAUGUUUCCCCCGCACUCUAUCUCUCCAAAGCUGCCCCAUAAUUCUAGAGAGGGUGCCUGAGAGGUGCCAACCAUUGGGGUCUAGAAAUUAACUUAUGGGGCUUUUUCUCUUUGCUGGGAGCUGGUCUGGGAAUACCCCCUGCUUGAGCUGAGGUGGCCCAGGUCUCUCUGACUUGUUCCCUGCUCUGCUCCUGUCUUCACUCCAAGUGCUCUUUGUGUGCCAUCCCUCAGCAUCCGUGCACCGGGCAAGAGAUCUUAAGUUUCAUUUGGCCCUGGGUCCAUCAAGCAGUUGAGAAGAGCCACCGUUGGGGCCAGCCUCCCAGAGUCCAAGUUGACAGGGAUUAGGAGAGCUCCAGCUCUCUCCCCAGAGGUACCUGCUGGGAUGGAGGAGGCUGGCCAGAGCAGGAAGGAGGUUUCCGCUCAGACGCCUUCCAGGUGGCCCGAGGCAGCCGGGAUGCCAGCUCUCCCCAGGAACCCUGCUACCUGCUGAGAAACAUGAUCAGCAAGUCCCCUCCUCUGCGCAUGUGCCCUGCAGGCUGGAAGCUCCUGGCCAUGUUGGCUCUGGUCCUGGUCGUCAUGGUAUGGUAUUCCAUCUCCCGGGAAGACAGGUACAUUGAGCUUUUUUAUUUUCCCGUCCCAGAGAAGAAGGAGCCAUGCCUGCAGGGCGAGGCAGAGAUGAAGGCCUCCAAGCUCUUUGGCAACUACUCAAGAGAUCAGCCUAUCUUCCUGCAGCUUAAGGACUAUUUCUGGGUCAAGACACUCUCUGCCUAUGAGCUGCCCUAUGGGACCAAGGGGAGUGAAGACCUGCUCCUCCGGGUUCUAGCCAUCACCAGCUACUCUAUUCCGGAAAGCAUCCAGAGCCUCAAGUGCCGCCGCUGCGUGGUGGUGGGCAACGGGCACCGGCUUCGCAACAGCUCACUGGGAGAUGCCAUCAACAAGUACGACAUGGUCAUCAGAUUGAACAACGCCCCAGUGGCUGGCUACGAGGGUGACGUGGGCUCCAAGACCACCAUGCGUCUCUUCUACCCAGAGUCUGCCCACUUCAACCCCAAAGUGGAGAACAACCCAGACACGCUCCUUGUCCUGGUGGCUUUCAAGGCAAUGGACUUCCAUUGGAUUGAGACCAUCCUGAGUGAUAAGAAGCGGAAGCCUACCACAGGCCUGUUGGCCAUCACCCUGGCCCUCCACCUCUGCGACAUGGUGCACAUCGCUGGUUUCGGCUACCCAGAUGCCCACAACAGGAAGCAGACUAUUCACUACUAUGAGCAGAUCACGCUCAAGUCCAUGGUGGGGUCAGGCCACAACGUCUCCCAAGAGGCCCUGGCCAUCAAACGGAUGCUGGAACUUGGAGCAGUCAAGAACCUCACUUACUUCUGACUUGGGCAGGAGCUGUACUCAUCGGUUUGCCUGCUCUCCUGCCUGAGCAACACCCAGCCACAGCUGUGCGGGUGCCUGGUGCCAGCAUGACUGGCUUGGACUCCCCCUCGCCUGUGUGGGGCGGGGUCCCAGGACUGGCCAGGUCUGAGAUGAGGCCAUGCCCAUGGCUCCUUUUGUGGAGGCUGGAUCUAGUCAGGGUGGAGGCCCUGGGGUGGUGGAAACUCGGCCAAGGAACGAGGCUUAUUGCUGUGGCACCUCCUGUCUGCCAGUGCCUGGAGAUUAUUUAAUGGGCUAUUUAAUUAAGGGGAAGAAGGUGCUCUGGGCUGGUCCUGUGGCAUCCAGAAAAGGGGGUAUACACAGUGUUCUGACCAGUUUUUAUAAAAACACAAAAGUGAUGGGUUCACUAAGGCCUAGACCCAGAGCAGGCCUCCCAGGAGGUGGGGGUCAUCUGGGGUGGGUGGGUGCCCUUCAGACAGGGGCUGCUCCUCCCAGCGGGCAUGGGAAGAGCAGUGAUAGGGGUGUCCCAUGGAGAAGGGAACCUUAUCUAGAAGGAGGUUCCAAACAUAUUAAACUAUUUUUCCUAAACAGA